GGUGAGCGUAUCUGGAGUACGCACCGCAAGAGACACAACCUCGCCAUCUGAAGAUGCAGAUCUUCGUCAAGACCCUCACAGGGAAGACUAUCACCCUCGAGGUGGAGUCUUCUGACACCAUCGACAACGUCAAGGCAAAAAUCCAGGAUAAGGAGGGUAUCCCCCCCGACCAGCAGCGCCUCAUCUUUGCAGGAAAGCAACUCGAAGAUGGCCGCACGCUUAGUGACUACAACAUUCAGAAAGAAUCCACCCUCCACCUUGUCCUUCGUCUUCGUGGAGGCAUCAUCGAGCCCUCACUAAAGGUUCUCGCAGCCAAAUACAACUGCGACAAGCAAAUUUGCCGAAAAUGCUACGCCCGUCUGCCUCCUCGCGCAACUAACUGCCGCAAGCGCGGGUGUGGACACUCGUCACAGCUCCGCCCCAAGAAGAAGUUGAAGUAGUCGACUCGCUUGAGGGUGCUUUGGGGACUAUUAUGGGACAUCCAUGUGUAUUCUCUAUUCUGCUCGCAUAUGCAACACAUGACCAUUCCAUGUCGUUUAGAAGAAC